AUGACAAUGGGAGAUGCUGAUAUUUAUGAGAAUGGAUUUAUUACACCUACACCAUCACCAACACCUGACAUUUUAAUGGACCCAUAUCUAAGAGGAGUGAGAGAAAUUCCUGAAUGUUGUUCACCAUAUGAACAACAUGUUCUUCAAAUGAAUCGACCAGCUUCAGAUAAAGAUAGAAAUGCAUAUGUUCAAAAGAUUAUAGCAGAAAUAAAGAAUCAAUUUAGUGUAGAUGAAAGAGUAGUAAUUUAUGCAUUAUAUGCAUGUAGUGGUGAUGUUGAAUUAACAAAGAAGUUUUUUAGUGAAGGAAAAGUUAUUCCAUGGACAUGUGAAGAAGAUCAAAUUCUUGUUUCAAAUGACACAGAUAAAAUAUUUCAAAUUAUUAUGAAUAGAGGAAAAACUGAAACUGAAAAACGAUGUCAUUUUCUUUCAUGUAGUGGAAGUUUUGGUGAUUUAACAAAAAUGAAAUAUUGA